AUGGGCGGAAAAGACUACAAGUACGGAGGUGGAUAUCGUCCUUAUGGAUAUACUCCGGCUCCGGCCGCUCCAGCUACUAUGGAAAUUACCAUCAAUCAGGUAAGUUACUUAUUUAACAAGACUUUAACAAAAGAUCUCUAUGAGAUUCUGAGAUUUCUCACCGAAUUGUUCCAAACUUGGUUAGACUUUCUCAUUCCGCAGAGCAACUAGAAAUAUGAACGCCGACGAAUCUUAUCGAGCUCUUCCAGAAUUCCGCCCAAUCCUCAGCUUCUCCGUCGCGUUACGGCGGAGCCUCAUCUCUUCCGCGCCGUGCUGCGCCCCCAUCCGCACCCCCUCCGCCUCCGCCAGAGUAUUGUGUGCCCGAUCAACCUGGAUUUAACCCAAUGUGGUUCGAUCGGUUUCCACGAAGGGAAAAUCGCGGAAUGUUCAGGCUAUGCCUUGUCGAGCUGAUGCUGGCAGGUAAGCAUUCGAAGUUUUACGACUAGGCUAUAAACAUAUGAGCUUCAAGAGAAUCCGAGUAAAAUGACAAUUUUCCAGUGGUGAUUCUGGGCGGAGGAAUCUGGUGCUACCGUGACACUUCCGAUUAUUGCCCGUACUAUUCGGCCAUCUGGACGUCGGCCGUUUACAUAAUCAAUGCGAUCGUCGGUUCGACGGCGGCGAAGGUCGGAUCGUUGAACUUGUACAUGGCGCACUUGACACUUUCGCUCGUCUCCGUGAUGAUGUGCCUCAUCAGUGGAGGGCUUUCCGCGCGGAACUGGGCUCUCGUGGGCACUUAUCAUCACCCGAGGAUCGACAGAGACGAGGCAUUCUGUCUUUUGGGCACUCAUGACACAAGCAGGUGAGUAGACGAACAUUUGACAAAAAAUUAUAGGAAUCCUUCAGAAUUUCGUAUAUUUUCUCUCACAUGGACAAGUACGACUUCGCCAAGUGUUUGUGGCAGCUGAAAGUGGGCGUGGCUGUUAAUUCCGUUCAAUUCGUCGUCGCUGCUAUCGAAGGUACCCUUUUUCAUUCGAUAUUUUCAAAAACGAAACCGAAAAUUUGCAGUUUUCCUCAAUAUUCUCUCCGCGAUUCUCUGCAUGAAACGAACGUGCACCUCGUGCUUCUGA